CGCGGCAGCCGGGGACCCCGGAUCCUCCCGGACGUCUCGCUGGCCCCGCGAAGCCGGCGAAGCAGGAACCUCCGUGCACGGGCCACCAUGGACAAAUACGAUGUGAUUAAGGCCAUCGGGGAAGGUGCCUUUGGGAAAGCAUACUUGGCUAAAGGGAAAUCAGACAGCAAACCAUGUGUCAUAAAGGAGAUCAAUUUUGGAAAGAUGCCCAUCCAAGAAAAGGAAGCUUCCAAGAAAGAAGUCAUUCUUCUGGCCAAGAUGAAACAUCCCAACAUCGUUACCUUCUUCAGUUCAUUUCAAGAAAAAGGUCGGCUGUUUAUUGUCAUGGAAUAUUGUGAUGGAGGGGAUCUCAUGAGAAGGAUCAGCAGACAGCGGGGAGUGUUAUUUAGUGAAGAUCAGAUCCUGGGUUGGUUUGUGCAGAUUUCUCUAGGACUAAAACAUAUUCAUGACAGGAAGAUCUUACACAGGGACAUAAAAGCUCAGAAUAUUUUUCUGAGCAAGAAUGGAAUGGUUGCAAAGCUUGGGGACUUUGGUAUAGCAAGAGUCCUGAAUAAUUCCAUGGAACUUGCUCAAACUUGUGUUGGAACGCCUUACUACCUGUCUCCAGAGAUCUGUCAGAAUAAACCCUACAACAAUAAAACGGAUAUUUGGUCUCUUGGCUGUGUCUUAUAUGAACUCUGCACACUCAAACACCCUUUUGAGGGCAAUAACUUACACCAACUUGUUCUGAAGAUUUGUCAAGCACAUUUCACCCCAAUAUCACCAAGAUUUUCUCAUGAUCUUCGGUCCUUGGUAUCUCAACUCUUUAAAGUAUCUCCUCGAGAUCGACCAUCUGUUAAUUCCAUUUUGAAAAGGCCCUUUUUAGAGAAACUUAUUGGCAAAUACUUGACUCCUGAGGUCAUUCAGGAAGAGUUCAAUCACGCACUCAUCCGCACGGCCAGAUCAGCAGCUUUAGCACCUGCAGAGAAGGCCAUCCAGGAUUUUAAAAUACAGAAAGUGAGAUUCCAGGUAAAGUGUCCACCAAGAUCAAGGUUAUCAGGACCAGAGAAAAAGAAGGACAUACUACACAGAAAUGAAUGGAGACCCCCAGCUGGAGCCCCGCAGCCCAUGUCCACAAAAAUGAUAGAAAGGCCCAGACUUGCUGCAGUGUGUGGACAUUAUGAUUAUUAUUAUGCACAACUUGACUUGUUGAGGAGGAGAGCCCAUGAACCAGGUCAUCACUGUGCUCCUCAAAGAGAUGCCACCGUUGAAGAGAGUUGUGAUCAGGAAGAAAGGCAGCAUCCAUCACCUGGCCAAUGGCCUGCUGAGUAUCUUCGGAGGAAAUUUGAGGCUCAAGAAUAUAAGUUGAAAGUGGAAAAGCAGUUGGGUCUUCGUCCAUCUUCAGCAGAGCCAAAUUACAACCAGAGACAAAAGCUAAGAAGUAAUGGAAAAGAGCCUGGAUUCCAGGAGCUGCAGUUUAGGAAAAAUGAAAUGAAGGAACGGGAAUAUUGGAAGCAGUUGGAGGAAAUACGCCAGCAGUACCACAAUGACAUGAAGGGAAUUAGAGAGAAGAUGGGGAGAAACCAAGAGGACAACUCAAAAAUCAGUCAUGGAACCUAUCUGGUGAAGAAGGGUAACCUGCCUGUCCACCAAGACGCACCUGGGGAAGAAGCACCUGUGCAGGAUAUGGCAAGAGACUUCAAACAAGUUAAGCUUCAGAACAUGAAGGAAACUAACAUUCCAGAACAGAAAUAUAAAGCUAAGAGAGCAGUAAAAUUUGAAAUUAAUUUAGACAAAUGUGUUUCUGAUGAAACAGUCCCUCAGGAGGAAGAGGCAGUGGAUUUAAAUGAAACUUUGACCUUUGAGGACGGCAUGAAGUUUCAGGAAUAUUUGCCGAUAAAGGAGCAUGAAGAUUACACAGACAGAGCAUUUGAAAAUCUCUGCUGCACAGAAGCAGGGCUUUCCUCUCAUGAGGCCAUUGCUGCUGAAAACAGGAGGCAGUGGGAUGCCAGAGCACCUCAGACUCUGCUGCAAAUGAUGGCAGCAGUCGACAUCACCUCCACCUGCUCCACACUGCCUGCUGAUGACCAUGUUAUUGUGAUUGAAGACAUUUCAGAAAACAGAAAACAAUGGCGGCAUGAAGCACCUGGAACUUUAAUGAGUGUUUUGGCCUCAGCGCAUCUAACAAGUAGCUCAUAUUCUGCCGAUGAAGGAGAAUUUGGCAUGGGAACAUUAAAACCAUGGAUUCCUAAAGAUGAAGAUGAAGCAAAGGUGGAAAUGGCCUCUGGUGUUGAAAUAGAUGAGGAACAAUUAGAACCACGAUCUGAUGAUGAUGAUACAAGCUUUGAAGAAUCUGAAAAUGAGCUGAGAGAUGAAAUAGUAGAAUCCCUAGAAAAACUCUCUGUCUCUGAAGAGGAGGAAAAAAGGGAAAGAGAUUCUGGUUACUGUAAGGAUUCCGAAAUUAGAAGAGAGAAGAUAAGCAUGCUGAAAUGUCAAGAGUUGAAUGAAGGUUUGGAGACUGUUUCUACUUCAGCCGAUGACAGUAUUUGUGUUGUUAAUGAAGCUCAAGGAUCAUCAAUAACCAGUCAAAAUAUACUGGUGUGA